CUCCUCGGAUGGCUGGCUUUCUGGUGAGAGUUGUUGCAUGGUUGUUGGAGUCACCUAUUUUUGGAGGCAUAUUACUUUACUUUCUCAAGAAGAACAAUUUAAUCCACCAGCUUGUCUCAUUUGCAAAGAUACAAGAGCCACCAUUGUUUGUUCCUUCACAUCCAUAUGAAGAAAUUGAGGAAAAAGAUGUAAAAGGCCCUGAGCUUCAUUAUAUGUCCCCAGCAGAAAGAGUCCAACAAGUUGUGUUUUGCCUUGAGUCACCAGAAAAUACAACUAAAACUCCACAACUUUCGAGUUUUCGUCACCAGACAAUUAUGGAUUAUGCAAAGGCCUAUGCUUCACAUGAAACUACUCCUACACUGGUGGCACAACGGCUUAUCGCUCGUGUUCAUGAGUCGUCAAGUCAGAAGCUCCCAAUGUCAUUUUUCAUUAACUUCUGUGAAGAAGAUAUUCUGAGGCAGGCUAAUGAGUCCAGUCUUCGUUAUCAACGAG